AUGGCUAGAACUAGAGGAGGUUACAUAGUUCAAUGCAGAAGAAGUUCAAGACUUCGUGCACAAAGUUUGUCAAAGUUUACAAACACUCAAGAUAAUCCCGUAGAUUUAGAAUCCGAAGAUCAAUUAAACAUGAAUACCAACAGCAUACGAGAGAAAACACCACUUGUAAAAGUCUAUCGACGUCUAGAUAACAAAAUCAUAAAGAGUACUGCUGGAAGGAAUAUCAAAAGUCUUGUUGGAAAUAAAAUUGUUGAUGAAGUACAAGAGGAUGAACAAAAUAGUGAUAAUCUGGUGGAUGAACAAGAUGCAGAGCAAGAUAAUGAACAAAAAAGUGAUGAAGAUAUGCAAGAAACUGAAGAAGAUAGUGCACAACAAGAAACUGAACAAGAAGACAGUGCACAGGUAGAUGACAUGGACCAAGAAGAUAGUGCAGAAGAAGAAGAUAAUGCACAAGAAGAUGACGAACAAGACGAUGUACCAAACGAAAGUGAAGAAGAAAAUGAUGAUGAACAAGAAGAGGAUGAAACAGCAAAUCAAGAUCAAGUCAACAAUGCACAACCAAAGAUUAAAAUAACAAAAUACAAAAGGAAAAAGGAAGCUGCAUUUGAAACUCAGAUACCAAGAAAAAGGAUUGCCGGAACAUUAUAUCCAACAUUGAAGUUCAUGAACAAAGAUUUUCAGAAAACAGAAGGGGCUAAACAUAUAACUAAGGCAAAAGAGGAGGUCAAAAUAAGGAUUUCUCCAAGGCAUUUUAGUAAGAUGGUAAGUGAACUCACGAAAGAACAGAGGGACUGGGUUACAAGAGCUGGUUUUGGACUCUUACUAGAUUUUGAGCUUGAUAUUUUGCCAACCAAAAUCGCCUACAAUGUACUCCAAAUCUUUGAUCACCACUCAAUCUCACUGAAGCUGAAGGAUGCUGAUAUUAAUAUUACAAGUGAAGAUGUCUAUGAUGUGUUCGGCUUGCCAAAUGGAGGACAUCCUCUUAUUCUGGCAUCACCUAGAAAGUACAGUGAAUGA